GGGAGAGUGAGAGAGGGAGAAUUCAAGCAGAACAGCUGUACGGUCAAUAUCCUGUGCACAGUUGUGAAUCAGUGCUAUAGAGCAAGUGCUCUCUCCCUCUCUCUUUCCUUCUCUUCCCUUUUCGUUCGUUUCAAGGCAGGCUACCAGAUACAAUGGAACGAUACAGAAUGGACUUCAACAUUCCUCAAAGCAGAGUCGUCUGUUAACAGAUUGUAAGGAAUGGUGCCCUCUUCUGUGGAAGAAUUCUUAGCUUAAAGGUCUGUAAAAACUGAAAUAAGCCUGGAAGCACAUAGGAACCUAGGAACCAUCCCCUCAGUUAAGAUGUCGGGGCUGGAACUCUUGGCUGAGGAACUAAAUGGAACAGUAUUAGAAAACGGGACUUUUCUGAACUUCUCCCCGACCUCUGUCUCCACGGCGGCUGCCACCUCGUGGAAUCGCCCAGAGAAUGUCUACAUUUAUGUGUCCAUCUUCCUCAGCCUGCUGGUCUUGCUGCUGAGUUUGCUCAUCAUCGCCCUCUACAGGCUGAAGAACAUCAUCUCCUCCAGCUCCUCUUACCCCGAGUAUGCCAGCGAGGGAGGCAGCACCUUCACCAACAUGGAGAUCUGCAGCCUGUCCUCACAAAGGUCAACCAUUUCCUCUCUGUCAUCCUGAAGGACUGCUAAAUGUCUGUGGACACAGAAAACAUACAUGCACACGAGGACACACACACACACACACAUAGCCUUCACACACACACACACACACACACACACACACACACACAGAAAAGAUUUACAUUUGGGAGACAAAGGAUAUCCGGCGAUGUGGAUGGCAAAAAUAGCUUGCUUACAUCUGUUGUUCCAUAAUCCAUAUCAAUGACUCAUUCUCUAGCAAUCAACAGCCUUUGUAACUGCUGCAGAUUAAGUUAAGAGAACAGAUAGAAUAGAAUAUUGUUUUAACAGACCUUGAUUCAUAAGGGAGACAUCUAGAGUCAUCCAGUAAAGUUGUCUGCCAUCUUAGGUCAUAUAUCAGUUAAUAUAUCAGUUAAUGUCCUAUAUGUCAAUGUUAAAAGCCAGUCGAUUAACUCUUGAAGCAAAUAUGUCAUUCUUGAAAAGGUUUUGCCUGACCUCAAGGCUACAACAUUGUGAAUUUAAAAUUUCAGUUGGUUGGAAAGCAUGGCAGGAAUUAAAAAAGAAAGUGUUCUAAUCUUGGUACCAUUGAAUUAAGUAUAAUGUCCAUGAAGAUUUUUUUAAAUGCCAACCUACAAUUUGUUUUUCCUGUUAAGACACCAUAAUUAGUUCUUGGUCUUAGCUCAGGUCAUGAAUUAUCUAAGUAGAUAUUUCAUAUUUGUUCGAUAUUUGUUUUGACGAUGUUCUGGUAACUGAUGAGAUACUGUUUCUUUGCACUGACAGUUUAACGUUUGUUAGUUUUUUUCAACAGAUGAGUUAAAUGUAUUUUUGAUCAAUGGUCAUUAACAAUGCCAUUACAAAAUUCAAUACAAUGUUUCCAAUCACAAAACACUGAGAUGAUGCCUGGCUGAAAAUGUAUUUGAAUAUGGAUCUAAACUCAAGAUUUCUUCUGGGUUGAGAUAGGAAAUGACAUCAUAUAAAUAAACACAUUUGGUAUAUUUUA